AUGUCUUGGCAAGCAUACACUGACAACCUAUUGGCCACCGGUAAAAUUGACAAAUCUGUGAUUUACUCCAGAGCAGGUGACUCCGUCUGGGCUUCAUCUGGUGGUCUUCAAUUGCAACCAGCUGAAAUUUCUGAAAUUGCUAGAGGUUUCGACAAUCCAUCUGGAUUACAAUCCAACGGUUUGCACGUUCAGGGUCAAAAGUUCAUGUUGAUUAAGGCUGACGAUAGAUCAAUUUACGGUAGACACGAAGCCGAAGGUGUAGUGAUCGUGAGAACAAAACAAACCAUUCUAAUUGGUCACUAUCCAGCAGGUGUUCAAGCUGGUGAAGCUACUAAGAUUGUGGAGCAACUUGGUGACUAUUUGAUUAGUGUCCAAUAUUAA